AUAGGCAGAUGGAUAGACAAUGUCGGCUUCGUCCCCGAGGGAACCAAUAUAACACAAGAGACAGAAGAUGACGGGCUGAAGACCUUGGUCAUCACCAGUAUUUUUGAGAGGCCAUUUCUUCAAUAUAAAAAGGAAUAUGAAAAUCCGGAAAACAGACGAAAAGUGAAGAACCCAAACGACCUGUACGAGGGUUACUGUGUGGAUCUUAUUGCUGCUGUUUCGGAAAUGUGUGGAAACUUCAAGUACACAAUAAGACCAAAUAAAGACUCUGUGUACGGAACCAAAGAAAAUGGGACAUGGACUGGCUUAAUUGGAGAACUUGUUCAGGGGAAAGCAGACUUAGCAGUUGCUCCCCUGACAAUAACAAAACAAAGAGAAGAGGAUAUAGCUUUUUCUAAACCAUUCAUGAAUAGUGGAAUAAGCAUAAUGAUCAAAAAACCUGAGAUUCAGAAACCCGGGGUCUUUUCUUUUCUGAAACCAUUUUCCAUCCCCCUUUGGAUGUGUAUAAUAGCAGGAUAUUUCUGUGUCAGUGUUGGGAUGUUCAUCGUCAGUCGUUUUAGUCCAGCGGAAUGGAGACGGAAGUGUUUACGAAUGGAUAAUGGUGUCGUAAAUAAGUUCACAUUAGAAAGCUCACUUUGGUUUACCAUGGGGGCACUGAUGUUACAGGGUAGCGACACAUGUCCAAGGUCUGUAGCUGGACGUAUUAUAGGGGGAACCUGGUGGUUUGCUGUUUUGAUUGUCAUUUCAUCCUAUACGGCAAAUUUAGCAGCAUUUCUCACAAUAGACAAACUAUUAACUCCAAUUCAAAAUGCUGAUGACCUCGCAGCCCAAACAGAAAUAACUUACGGUACACUGUCUUCUGGAUCUACGCAAUCUUUUUUCAAGGAAUCAAAAGUUCCAACAUAUCAAAAAAUGUGGGCGUACAUGUCCACUGCUUAUCCAAGUGUUUUUGUCAAGACGACAGAGGAAGGUGUUCGAAAAGUCCGAGAUAUGAAAGGGAAGUAUGCUUUUCUAUUGGAAUCGGUAUAUAAUGAAUACUUUAGUCAGAGGGAACCGUGUGACGUUAUGCAAGUUGGUCCGCCACUCAACACCAAGGGAUAUGGUAUCGCAACUGCAAAAAGUAGAAAACAUCAAGAACUAACGGAAAUGGUAUCUAUAGCAAUACUUCAAUUGAAAGAAAAUGGAUCUUUGAUAAAAAUGAAAAGGCGGUGGUGGAUUGAGAAAGGAGAAUGUGGUGUUCAGGAGGAAAACCAGGGUAGCAAGAAGAAGAAGAAAUCACUUUCAUUAAGUAAUCUGGCCGGGGUUUUCUUCAUUCUUAUAAGCGGUCUUGUUUUUUCUAUCAUUCUCGCAGUUAUUCAUUUCCUACGAUCGAGGUCCAACAGUAAACAAGGGGGGUUUCUUAUGCUUGGGAAUGACAAUACAAGUAUGUAUCCUGAAUAUACUACAUAUCCUAUAGGAGAACAUAGCAAUGGAAUGAGUCCAAAAGUGCCUAAAGGGAUUUUAUCCAACUCUGACAAGUUUGCCACGAACGAUGAGUCAAAUCACAGAGUCAACCACAUUCAUGCUACCAGUCUUCUUUGACACGUGUGAUUAAUUUUAUAUAAACUACACGUAUUUUAUUUUUAUUCUUUACAUUUUUAACACCUCUUAUCUAUAAUAUUUUAAUUAACUUAGCAAGCCCAUCGAUAAAAUGUUAAUAAAUUCUGACCAAACCCUCAAAUAUUUCCCCACAUGGUCAAAUUGUAUGAUUGUACUCUGACUGUUAGUUUUUUAUUCAUUAAUUCCAUAUGCAUUUUUAUUGUGUUGCCUUUUGUAAACAUAUAAAUUUUAUUGAUGAAAUUUAGAGAAGAACUUAAUAUUUUUAUUGUGUAGGACAA